AUGUCUAAGUCCAAACCUUGUGCUGAUCUUCCUAUUUUAGACAUAUCUCAGCCAUUACAACCAUCUUCUCUAACCUCUCUCUCUAAAGCCUGCAAAGAUUGGGGAUUUUUCCACAUAAUCAACCAUGGAAUCUCCAAAGAUCUUUGCAGCCAGCUCCAUUUAUUAUCCAAAUACCUCUUUAGCCUUCCCUCUAAUACCAAACUUAAACUUGGUCCUUUCUCCUCUAUAAAAUCUUACACCCCUCACUUCAUUGCUUCUCCAUUCUUUGAGAGCCUCCGAAUUAAUGGACCCAACUUCUAUGUUUCUGCUAAGAGUUCUGAAGAUAUCCUCUUUGACAAACAGAAUUCCAAAUUCAGUGAGAAACUUCAGGAAUAUUGUAGUAAGAUGGAGGAUUUGUCUGAAAAAAUCCUAAAGCUUGUGUUAAUGAGCUUAGGUGAUGAUUUUGAGAAGUUGUUUUAUGAUUCUGAAUUCAAGAAGUGCCACGGUUACUUGAGGAUAAACAACUAUUCUGCUCCAGAAAGUUUGGAAGAUCAAGUUGAGGGACUUGGGAUGCAUACUGACAUGAGUUGUAUUACUAUCUUAUAUCAAGAUGAAAUAGGAGGGCUUCAGGUGAAAUCACAUGAAGGAAAGUGGAUAGACAUAAGUCCUUCUGAAGGGACCCUUGUGGUGAACUUAGGGGAUAUGAUGCAAGCUUGGAGCAAUGAUAAAUUAAGGUCAUCUGAACAUAGAGUUGUUUUGAAGCAACCUAUGAACCGGUUUUCCCUAGCUUUCUUUUGGUGCUUUGAGGAUGAAAAGGUCAUCAUGGCACCAAAUGAAGUGGUUGGAGAAGGAAACAAGAGAAUCUACAACCCUUUUUUGUGCCAGGACUACUUGAAAUUCAGAGAGAACAAUCAAAGAGGAAAAUUUGAAAAAGUGGGUUACACAGUCAGAGAUUUUGCUGGGAUCACCUCUCAACUGUAA